GUGUUCUCUCCAUUUUAAGCCUGAGCUCUGUGCUGUCGUUUUUAAAGCCUCCUCUGGGGGCAGCAGAGCGGCCGGCGGGCUCCGAGGAGCCGAAUAAGCCGUAGAAGAAGAAAUAGGAGCGGAUGUAAACAAAGAGGAUCAGCAGGGCCAAAGGACGGACCUCACACCGUGACGUCAUGGUGAUGUCAUAGCGAUGUCGUGGGUGAAGCAGCGGUACCGUGACAUCAGCCCUGUGACCCUGCAGGUAGUGGGCGGAGCUGUGAGCUCCAGCCUGUACUGUGCUGAGGUGGAGGGUGUGGGGGCGGGGCUAGUGGAGUCCUUCCUGGUGGAGCUUUAUCGCUGUAAGCUCUGUCAGUUCACCUGUGGCAUCAAAGCCUCCAUUAACAGCCACCUGCUGCUCACGCACCGCCCCAACGCCUAUCCGGACGGGGCAGAGGCGGGGCCCCAGCAGGGAGCGUCACCCUAUCAGCUAAAGCAGAGUGACGAAGAUGAGGACUUCCUGCUCUACAACAUGCUGGGCAACCUGAGCCCGGCUACCUGUGACAUCAGCAGUGAGGGAGGGCUUCAGGUGGCCCACACCUGUGAGGUCACCACACUCUUUGAGGAGGAGGAAGAGGAGCAGGAGGAGGACUCCUCCAUCUUCACUCUGAAGGGGGGCUCUUUAUCCUCUCCGGCCGACACCCCCGCCUCCCAGGAGGAGUUGGCGCAGUCCGCCCACCUGAUGACCCUUGGGCUGUGUCGGAUCUCUGCAGUCAGAGCUCCUGCUCUUCCUUCCUCCUCACCGUCCACACAGCUCACGCAACCACAUGACACCAGUGCCAACGACAAAGUGAAGGCUCCGCCCCCCAGCCUGCUGUGUCUGCUCUGCCCGUUGACACUGCCGUCGCGGCGGCUGCUUGAUGUCCAUGUCAGGUCACACCGUGCCAGCGGCGGUUUCAGCUGCGUGCGCUGCAACUGGAUGGCCGACAGCUGGGAGGAGGUGGAGCAUCAUUGGAGGAGCCGCUGUAGCCAGAGGAGGAAAAGGAGGAGGGAGCGGGAAGAGAAGAAGAAGAAAACUGCGGUGGCGGUCUGUCACAGGAAGUUCCGAAACAACACGCUGAGAAGCACUCCUGAAAAACCACGGAAACGCAAUGGAUGGAGGAGCCAGCUGAUUGGACGUGCAAAGUGGAAGGAGGCGGAGCUUCUUGACAGGCAGACCAGCAGAGCCGCAUCACGGCCGGUCACCAUGGAGACCACGAGGAAAACCACAAGGAGGACGAACGGAGACGGCGAGCAGCCGACAGCAGAGAGCGGGAAGCAGACGGGCUUCAGCUGCUCGCUGUGCCACAGGAAGUUCUCCUCUAAACUGACUCUGAGGCGUCACCUGGGCGUUCAUGGGGGAGACAAACCGUUCACCUGUCCUCACUGCUCCUACAGCAGCCGGCUGAAGGCCUCACUGCUGCAACACCUGAGGACUCACACAGGUGAGAAGCCGUACAGGUGUGCAGAGUGUCCGUAUGCGUCCAUCGAUCGCAGCUCUCUGCUCCGACACUACAGGACUCACAGCCAGGAGAAACCGUACAGGUGUCAGCACUGUGACUACAGCAGCAUCCAGAAGAAGAGUUUGGAUCUCCACGCUCGCCGCCAUCACACCGGUGAGGCGUUCCCAUGUCAACAGUGCGACUACUCGAGCCCGGACCGCCAGCUGCUGCUGAGACAUGUCCGCAGACACCACGCCCCCUCCCAGCAAGCUGCGUUCUGAACAUGAGCUGGUGUGACAUCAUCAGACAUGGUGAUGAUGUCAAAAGUUUUAUUUGUGGACUUUUUUAAUGAAAAUAAAAGCUUAGGAAAAAAUAAUUUCUGUUCUUAUUUAUUCACACUCAGACCUUUACUUUGAAAAUAUGAAGGCCUUAAACACUUUAACUUUGAAAAGGCCUCAAUGAACACUUAAGGCGAUCAUAUGGCUGUGACAGUCAGCUGAUUAUUAAUCAGUGAAUACUAGAAUACUGUUUUUAUUGGAAAUAAUUGACAGAUGUGAGUGAAGCAGCUGACGUCUCACCUGCUGCUCACCUGGACUCAGAACUGAACAGGUUCUGUUUAAUCAGGAACCAAAAACGUCAGGGGGACGGACAACGAGCAUCAGACUUUGUGCUUCAGUAAUGAUAUGUGCAAUAAAACAUGCUUUAGCAAAAUCUUUUUUCAAAUACAAUUUAAAAACAGAUUCCACUCCUCAUCUGCAUUUCCUGUUAGCUCACACAUUAGCUUGGUUUCAAGUUUCACUUCCAGCUGUGAAAUUCUGCACAUAAGAUAAACUAAAUCAAUUCAAUUCAGUUUUAUUUCUACAGCACCAAAUCACAACAGUCGCCUAAAGGCGCUUCAUAUUGUAAGGCAGACCCUACAAUAAUAGAUACAGAGAAAAACCCAACAAUCAUAUGACCCCCUAUGAACAAGCACUUUGGCGACAGCGGGAAGGAAAAACUCCCUUUUAACAGGAAGAAACCUCCGUCAGAACCAGGCUCAGGGAGGGGCGGGGCCAUCUGCUGUGAUUGGUUGGGGUGAGAGAAGGAAGACAGGAUAAAGACAUGCUGUGGAAGAGAGACAGAGAUUGAAUAAAGAAAAUAUAUAUUUUUUAAAAAAGUAGAGUAAAUAAAUACAGAUUACUGAAAGUGCUGUGUGGCAGAGGUAAUGGUAUAUACAUGUGUUAAUGAUCAGUCCCAUAUUUCAGCAGCUUGUAGCUAACUCUCGGAUUAGCUAACACAUAUAGCAUUUCUGUGACUCUUCUGCUCCUUGAAAAAACUGAAAUAUCCAGGUGGUCAGAUGUAAGGGGCUCUGUGAUUGGUUACAGAGAAUUUGCACUGUCGCUUUUUUUCACAUGGGUAAUAUUUAUUUAUUCAUUUAUUUAUUUUGUCAGGAAAAAAGAAGCAUUC